AUGGUGGUCUACAUAGUUCUGGAUCUUGCGGAUUUUAGGAUGGGCAUCAAUCCUGGACACCCCAUCAUGAGUAGAGAGGAAUUUGAAACUCGGAAAGCUGAUCUAUGGAGGAAGCGUGCAACGGAAUCUGUUAAGGCACCUGCACCUGCAGCUACUGCAGAAAAGGUCCUCAAGAAGACAAAUGCAAAAGCGAGUGUACAGAAGGAAAAAAUUCUUGAAGUAGUGAAGGAAGUGCCACUGGAUCCUAUGGCAGAAAAACUUCGCCAAGAAAGAGGUAGAGGACAGGGAGGUUAUGUGCCCAACAAAUUAGAAGCUACAUCUUUUGCAUCCACAUCUAUUCAGUCAAUUCCUUCAUUUACGUCAAAGUUUGUGCCCCCAAUAACAUCUGCAUCAACAUCUGCAACUGCAUCAGCAUCGGCAUCUAUGCAUGAAGUUACAUCACAAGCCUCAUACUUGGAUACUUCUAGCACGAAUUGUUGUAUUGCUGAUACAACAGAGCGUAAGAAAGGACGUGGGAAGUCACGAAGCCUUGCAUUACUCAAGAUAAAAAGUCAAGGGAAGCGAUUGGAUGUUGAAAUUUGUAGGAUUACUGGGAAUCCAUUGGGACCAUGGUCUGAUAAAUUCACCACCGAGUUGGGGAUUGUCACUAGGCAAUUUGCCCCACAAAAUGUGCCGAAGUGGAGUUUUAUUAGCCCUGAGGAUAAAGAAACGCUAAUUGCAUACCUUCGAGAAGGUUUCAUUUUUAGUAAUGAACCUUACGCUAUUGCUUCUAUCCUUGGAAUGAUGAAACUCCGGUACAAGACCUACCGCUUUAAUCUACGCCAACAUUUUAGAAGUUUCCCUACGAUGGAAUCAGCCCUUGCAAACCCACAUGAAGAUAUCGAAAAAGAGGUGUGGCGAUACCUGUGUCAAUUAUGGAAUGAUAAGACGUACCAGGAGAAAUGUCAGAAAAACAAGGAAAAUCGGUUUGAGCUUAAAGUCCUCCAUACAGCUGGCUCAAAGGCAUUUAGAAAGGUGCAAUAUGAUGAGCGAGACAAGGAUGGAAAGGAGCUUGGACUUGUUGAUUUGUAUCACAAGACACACUUUAGUCAGAAAAGGCAAGCAUGGGUCCAUAAUGAAGCUGAAAUUAGACAUAAAAAACUUAAAGAGCGGGAGAAUGAAGCUAUAGAAGAUGGAUCUAGCCCACUAUCUGAUGAGCAGCUUUCCAUUGAGGUGUUUGGGCGUAAGUCUGGCUACAUAAGUGGUUUAGGACAUGGUCCUAAACCUAGUACAACAGCAUCUGGUCGACGUACUCGUGUUGCUCUUGAGAUAGAAAAUGAGGAAACUAGAAGGGAGCUUGAAGAGCAACGGAGAAUCAAUGAGGAACUGAAUGCAAGAGUGCACAACUUGGAGUCUAAUAGCGUAGAGGUCAAUGCCAAGCUUGAUUUGGUGCUGCAACAGAUUAGUCGGGGAGGUUUUACUUCUGAUUUACCAUCAUAGUGAGUACCUUUUGCUCUAGAUAGAUCUGUCAUAGUUAUAAAUUUAGUGUGUUUGUUAUUUAGAACAUUUGAUUAUGAUAACGUGCUUGGAUUAUGAUAACCUUAUUGUGUU